AUGGUGUUCAACAUCAAUCGAUUCCAUUUUUUCGUACUACUGACAUGGCAGUUCUCCAUCUUUUUUGCUUCACAGCAGAUAUUUCCGAUUUUCUCGAACUACGUUCCAGAAUGGCAGUGCGAUGAUGGAUUGACGUCAAAAAACUGCACCACGUACAACACUUGCAAUGGAACCUUAACCUAUCCAUACUUGCAGUUUCAUUCAGCGGCUUUGGAAUUCGGUUGGAUUUGUGGCAAAACUGCCUACUUGGCAUCGCUUUUCUCACAAAUUCAAUUCAUCGGUGUUCUAUGUGGGACGUUUUCAUUUGGCGCUCUCUCUGACAUUUUCGGACGAAAGCCUAUAGCUAUCGUUGCGGUGUCGAUUGGAAUCCUUGCGAAUUUCGUAACAGGAUUAUCCCCGACAUGGCAGAUCCUCAUGGCGAUACGAUUCUUCGUCGGUUUGACAGUAGGCGGAACUUUGGUGGUGGUGUGUACCUUUGUGAUGGAAAUGUUGCUUCCACACCAACGAAUGGCACUCAGAGCGUUCUUCAAUUGGGGUGUAGCAAGACUAAUUUUGACACUGAUAUGUAUGAUAUUCCCGGAAUGGAGGGCAGCCAGCGUUGCCUGUGCGCUCACAGCUUUACCGGCUCUUCUCAUACUGAUUUCCGUCUUUCCUGAAAGCCCAACAUGGCUUCAUAAUAAGGGUAGAUUCGAAGAGAUGCGAAAUGCGGAACGGUACAUUGCCAAAAUCGCCGGGAUCGAAUAUAAACCAGUGGCACACAAAAAGAUCGAGCACAGCAAGACAUUGUGCGAGAUGCUUCAUACCGGUGGCUUACAUCGUCGUCUAUUCGUUUUGUGGACGAUGUGGUUUGUAGCGUCCAUCUGUGGUUACGCCACAGAUUUGAAUUCGAACACCAUCAGUGGCGAUUUCUUUCUGAAUCAGAUCAUCUUCUCCGUCUUAAUAGCCGUUUCAAAGAUGGUGAUGGACACGUUUGUGCCGUCGUUCAGCAGACGAAUCCUUCAUCAAGGCGCUCAAACAAUUGUCUGUCUGUGCUUUCUAGUGUUGUUUUUUCUCACGGUGCAGGGUUAUUCGGGUGUCGCAACAUUAAUCAUCAAUGUAACCGGUACGAUCUUUAUCGAGUACACUUGGGAUGCGUGCUAUUUGUGUGCUGUCGAGUCGAUGGAGACGUCGUGCCGAGCCAGCGCCACCGGCACGUGCUCGUUGAUGGCGCGGGUUGGCGCCAUCAUCGCUCCAUUCCUGACCUACGCCAAUGUGUACUGGCCACCAUCGGUGUAUCUUGCCGUGGUCAUACUUGGUGUAAUGAAUCUCAUCGUUUCCUACUUUUUCCUGGUUAGUGCAUUCCAUUUUUUUUUUGGAAAAAUUUCCUCACUUACAGUUACCGUAUUUUAA